GCUGCUUCAGCUCACGCAGUGAGCAGUCAGUAUCUCUCGUGGUUUCAAAGAGCAAGCACCAAGAAUCGUAGCACUCUUGACUUGCUCGCGUGACUCUUGCCGUCUUCGCUUUUCCUCUGUCUUUCUUUUUUCCUGCGAGUUACCACACUCCAAUCAAACACAAAAGGAAAAGUCUUGCGCGCGCACUUUUAACAAGUCACGGGGCCUUACGUCCCUCAAGUAGUGUCCAAGAGUGUGUGUACUUUAGCAUAAAUGAAAUAAUUAUUAUUUAAUUAAUCCUAUUUAUUUUUGGAAUUUCAAUAUCAUCCAAAAAUGAGUGCUAAGUGGUUUUGGAAAAUCACAGUACUUAUAUUUUUUUCAAGUACUGUUACUGCUAAUGUUCAAAGUAAAGUACGAUGCUCCAAAGACUUGAUGGAAGUUGAUAUUGCACGAAUCAGUCCGCAGGCCAAGAUUUAUCUUCAACAGCUUAAAAAUUAUCCAGAUGAAGCAUGCAGACCUGUUUUCAACAAUGGAGUAGCUACUUUCAAACUAUCGCUAGUUGAACAAAAUAUGUCUCGUUGUGGAAUGGCUCGAGUUGUUAAUAAAAUGACGGGUCAAAAAGUCUAUUAUCAUCGAAUUAUAGUAGAAGAGCCUGUGGAUUCCAGUAAACAUACCUUUACUGUAAAAUGCAUCGUUACAGAGGUUACUGUACAGCCAAUGAUCUCGAGAUUUAACCACACACUUGAAAGAAGAAGUAUUUUACCUGCUGACUUCAAAGAAGACGACACUAUAGACAUCAGAGGCGAGAUUGCAGGGUCAGCUCCAAUCCCCAUGUUAAGUGUUGUCGUUCGACAAGGAGGAAAUCCAGUCACUGGAGAAUUGAAUGUUAGUCCUGGCACGCCUUUGGAAAUGGAAAUAUUUCUUGAUCGUGAAUCAGCACCUGUUUAUGGGCUCCUUGUUACCUACAUGCAAGUUACAGACACCAAAUCGGCAGAGGAAACAAUUAUUUUUAAUGGAUGCUCUGUUGAUCCUUACGUAUUUGAAAACUUUAAUACAGUAAAUGGAGACUAUUUAACUGCUAAAUUCCGUGCUUUUAAGUUUCCUGAAAGUACUUUUGUCCAAUUCAACGGAACAGUUAAUGUAUGUUUGGAUAAAUGUCAAGGAGUGGAAUGCAGUAAUGGUCAAAUGGGAUUCGGGAGAAAGAAACGAGCAAUCCCAAGUUCAAGAAAUAAAAAUGAAGUAUUUGAAGUGACCAUGUUCACUUUAAUCAGGGUAGAUAGUAAUAGCGAUACUGUGCCAGAGGAAGAACUUUCACAAUUCAUUAGACCAGGAAAAAAGCGAACAAUUGGAGACUCUAUUACUGGUGAAGAAGUGCAAGAAAAAAUUAUGUACAGAUUUACUGAAAUCGAUUCAAAUGCUGGCGAGAAACAUAGUUGGGGAAUUUUUUCAAUUUUAAUGUGUUAUUUUCUUCGAAUGCUUCUUUAAAAUGUAACUAAUUAAGGCAACAUAGCUUGGCGACGUUUAGAAGAAUGGUUUACUUAUAAAACGUUCGCGAAACAUUAAAAAGAAAUUAUUGAACUCUCUAAAAAUUAAAACCACGUAUGUGAUACUAAAAUAACGUUAUGUCAAUUAUUAGAAAAAACAUAUGAUUGCGAUACAGUUUUUUUUUAUAAGUGUGACAAAAAUAGAUCAACAACGCAGUAACAAUUACUCAAAGAUUUCUCUACUCUGCGACCGCUAAUUUUUGAACUUUUUAGUAUGACAUGCUGUGAAAAUUGGCUUUUGCGAGUAGAGAAAGCUGAUGCCCUAGUCGUACGACGACGUACAAUAAUAUUAAAUGCAUUAAAUGCUAUUUUUUAUAACCAAUUUUGUAAUGAAUUAAUGUACUCGUGUUGAGUUGUGCGAAAUGAAGGGUAACAUCUAGAUGAUGAGUAUGUUGCACUGGUAAUUUGCCAAUAAAAAUAAUAAUUAUAACUAAAA